UAAUCGUUACUCAUCGCUUCUGGUUCCAGUUCAGCAAAAAUUGGCUUGCAAAUAAAUUGCGAAAAGCAGAUUGUUUAUUUUAUGUGAAACGGCAGAAACUGCAGCAUCGGAUCGGCUCAGCAGAAGCAACAACAAAGCGAGUGAAUGAAGUGAACGCGAAUCCGACUCUCACGCACACUAGCGUGGGUUGGCCAAUCUGUGUGUGUGUGCGAGUGUGUUUGAGUGCGAAUUGCAGAUUGCGCAUUUUCCCCGCCCCUUGGAGCCCCUUGGAGCACCUCAAACACCUGGACCACCUGGCACACUUGUCCACUCAAUUGGCCAUUAUACCCAGCAUCCUUUGAAGCAGGACAACUGAAGCGGGUCUUCAGUCCUCAAAAAGGAGUACCCAGAAAUCCCAGCUUGCAAGCAGGAGCCCCCUAGUGACCACCACCUGGAUGCCCGGCUUCCACCUCAAUGAGAUGGGUGAAAUGGUAUUGGACGCCAUCGACGACAUCGGCGUGGUCGAUGUCUACGAUCUGGCCUCCGAUAUUGGCAAGGAAUACGAGCGGAUCAUGGAUCGCUUUGGCACGGACGCCGUCAGUGGGCUGAUGCCCAAGAUCAUCAACACCUUGGAGCUGCUGGAGGCGCUGGCCACGAAGAAUGAACGCGAGAAUGCCACCAUCCAGGAGCUGCGCGACAAGGUGGCCCAGCUGGAGAGCGAGAAGCUGGAGAAGGCCGAGUUUCGGCGGCGAUUCGACAAGGAACUGGAGCUGAUCGAGGAGCAGUGGCGCAGUGAGACCAAUGAGCUGGUCGACUUGGUAUCCUCGCUGCAGGAUGAGAACAAGCGGCUGGUGAAGCAGACCCAGGACCUGCAGUCCUCCUCAGCCCAGAGUUCCGGCCUGGGCGCCAGCCUCACGGAGAGCAUCAUCAGCAUGACCAAUCAUGAGCUGCACGGCGCCCUCUCCGACACCCAGGUGCUGCAGCGGCUCAAGGAGCAGAUAUACAAGCAGCGGGACGAGCUGAAGAACCGUGAACGGGAGCUGCAGGACAAGUACAGCGAGCUGGAGCACCUCACUAUCCAGACGGAGCGGCUAAAGGCCUCGGAGCGGGACACUCGACGGCGCCACAAGCUGAUGCAGGCCCAGGUGAAGACGCUGUGCGAGGAGCGAGCCGAUUUUCUGGCCCAACUGCAGGACCAAAGUCGCGAGAUCAACCAGCUGCGCAAGCGCCUGGGUCUGGCCGAAAAGGAGAACGAGGAUUUGGUGGCCUCUUACGACGAUGGCCAGAACGAUCCCAAUCGGCCGCGUUACACCACGCGUGAGCUGAAGGAGCUGAUCAGCGAGCGCGACGAGCUGCUGACCACGAUCGACAGCCUCAACGAGCAGCUGGCGGAGCUAAAGCCGCCCAGCCAGGCGAAGGCCAAGCGGCAGCGCCACUUUUCCAGCUCCGACGACAGCGACGAGGAGGACGACGGUCAUGUGGCGGACAACGACGAUGACGACGAGGAGGAGGAGGCGGCCGAGGCGGACGAACUGGAGCCACCGGCAGCCGGAGAAACACCGCCUGGUCACGAUGCGCCUGUGCAGGGACCGCUGCCCUACGAGCCGGACGAUGCGCCCUGGAAGAAGAGCUCCGAGUCGGGAAUUCGCAAGUUCUUCCGGAAACUGUUCUCGGAUCCCUCGGACGGCAACAACACAUUCCCGAAACGUUCCUUGGCCACGCUCUCCAAGAUGGCACUGUCGGCCACGCCCGGUUCCGUUUCCGCCUCCGCAGCGGCGAAUUUAGGCAACAGCCUGUAUCUGACCCUGUCCCUCGCCAUUCACCUGCUCCGCCUGAGCUGUACAUACAUAGUUUACACACUCGAUUGCUGUGCCCUCGUAAUUCUAAGUUGUUAUGCGAUUUUUUUUACGUAAUACGCGUGUUUUUUUUUCGUAACUCUAAACUCGUAACCCCUUACUUUAAUGGAUAUAUUUAAUACGAAACCAAUUUGUAUCUUUUGUACUUUCGAUUUAUUCUAAUCUUGAUUAACGACUACCAUUUAAGACUCCAAACAUACCACAGACCAUACAUAUGCAAGUGUUCCAAAGAACAAGAACAAGAAUUGUGCAAAGAUU